AUGCCCCAGAAAAAUACCGACCAUUCUGAAGUGGAGGAACUUCAAGGCAAUGUGGAGGAGGUGCAAUAUGAUGUCCCAGAACUCCAUAUCCCAACCACCAACGAGCUCCUGGACUCCACAGAGCCCUUCCAGAUAUACUAUCAUUAUGCAGCCAUGCAGAGAGCUCGCGAGGACGCUCUUCCUGGAUCCAGAUUCAGAUCAAUCUUCAGCAAGUACACUAGAAAGACCGACGAGAAGCAGUCGGAGAGUGACCCUUGUUACGACACUCCCUCGGACGACGGUACUGGUGUCAGUGACGUUGAUCCGGAAAAGCACGCUGCUCAAUCUUCUGGCGGAAUCAUCAGCCAGAUUCCUGGAGCCAGUCAGGAGCUCGCCAUUGCCAACAUGUCAGCUCGAACAGCAACGUGGAUGUCUGUCUUCUUUCUGACCACAACCGACAUUCUAGGUCCCUCUUCAGCCCCUUGGGCCAUUUCACAGCUGGGCUGGUUCCCGGGUGUCAUGCUGUUUACCGUCCUCGGUGUCGCUGCCGUCUACACUGGAUGGCUCAUCUACAAAAUGUUCUUGAAACUUGACUCCCCAGAGUUCCCCAUGAAAACCUUUGGAGACCUGGCUCUGAGAGUCUAUGGUAAAGGCUUCCGUUGGGGAGUCGAUAUCCUUCAGAGUCUGCAACUUUUGUGUAACGUCGCUGUUAUUAUCCUCGGAAAUGGCCAGGGUUUGUCCCAGAUCUACAGUCCUCUCUGCUUCUCUGUCUGGUGUAUCAUUUUCAUGGUUGCCGGUAUUUUGCUUGGCCAGAUCAAACGACUUUCCAACUUUUCAUACGUGGCCAACGCCGCCAUCUGGAUGAACCUCUUUGUUGUCUUUGCGACCAUGGGUAUCGCUGCCACCAAGCCUCCUAAUUACGUCGGUGGAGCUCAGCAGAACAACCUGCCAAACUCCACUGACCCUGUGAGAACCAAGGCCAUCGAGGAAUACGCCUUCCAGGACCAGUUGGGCGCUGUCAUGAACAUUGUGUACUCGUACGGAGGAGCCAUGGUGUUUGUGGAGUUUCUUUCUGAGAUGCGAAAGCCCCGAGAGUUCCUCAAAGGUAUGCUGUCUGCCCAGGGAGUCAUUUUUGUCUGCUAUUUGCUCUAUGGUCUGCUGGUCUACGCCUACCAGGGCCAGUACACCGUUAACCCUGGUAACCAGGGUCUGGGGUCGCACAAUUGGCAGAUUGCAGUGAACGUCAUCAGUGUGGUGUCUUCUUUGAUUGCUGCUGGCCUAUAUGGUAACGUUGGUAUCAAGGUGGUGUACAUUACUUUGAUCCGACGGGCCAUUCCUGCUCUUCCGGGACUUGACGACGGAAUUAAGGGUCGAAUUGCCUGGGCCCUCAUGGUAUUCAUCUACUGGGCGGUUGCCUUUGUGAUUGCUUCGGCCAUCCCUCAGUUCUCGUCUCUUACCUCACUGGUAGGAGCUGCCUGUAUUCUCCAGUUCUCCUACACCUUCCCCCCUUUCAUGUACAUGGGCUUGACUAUUCGAGAGGAGGCCAGUAAGCUGGAUACCGUCGACCUAGAAACCCGAACGGUGAUCAAGUACGACUCGUGGAGAAGCAUGGCAAGAUGGAAGCGGGGUAUCAUGUCUCGACCUUGGUGGGUUCUGGUCAACUUUGUUUUGUUCCUGGCGUCCCUGGCCACCGCCAUUCUCGGUAUUUAUUCGUCCAUCUACUCGCUGGUGGAGGCUUUUGAUGCCCCAGGAGCAGCCACCGUUUCUUUCGGUUGCAAGCCUCCAGUUGCAUAG